ACUUAGAUCUUUUAACGGGAACACAAUAGGACAACAUAGAUUUACAGAAAAUUAUGAGCGAUUCAGCUGGUAUGAAUGAGCAUGAUUUAUUUGAAGGGGGCGAGUCGAAAUCAUCUUCUCAAGAAAGUGGCCUUUGCAGUACUAUGAUGGCUAUUGAUGAAAGCAUGGGAAGUCUAGAGGAAAUAUCUGAUAACCUUCAUCAACAUCUAAACACACAUCUCGAUCAUACAUCCUUAUUGCAGUAUGAACUAGAUACACUUCGUGCUCAACUAGUUGAGAAGAAUAGACUUAUAUCAACUCAACAAGUAACUAUCAAACAGCUUCAAAAUGCUCUAAAGGCAAAUCAAAAGGAAUUAGAAGAUCUAAAGAAAACAUCAGAAAUGGAGAUAACCUGCAAAAAUGAAACGAUCGAUUUACUGCAAACGGAUUUGAUUGAUUGCCAGCAACAAUACGCCAAUUGCAUUCAACAGAUCAUGAAUCAAAAUCGCGUUCUUUCGGAAAUACGGGACGACGAUGCAGUCCUCGUCGAGAAGAUUGCUCAUUUGGAAAAGAAGUUGCGUAAAACUGGGAAGACUACGGAAACUCAAACCGAUAUUCCCCCGAGCUGCGGCGACAAAAAUGACAGACAAACAUAUUGCUCUUUUAAAAGUUCUCCACCGCCAUUUAGUCCCCCACCGCCUUUUCACUACCACAAUCGCGCUGUAAAUGCCCAACCUUCUUUCGGGUCAUUUCACAGUGAUGCCGCAAAUGGUCAAGCUGACAGCUGCUCGCCACAAUUUACUCAUCACAAUUCUGCCCAAGGCAAAUCAACAUUGGCCCAGCAAGGACGAUACGCCGAAUCUAAAUCUGAUAGCCAGCAAUUUCCUUGGUCUCAGUUUCAGGAUCUUCUUUCUGAAGUCCGGCAAAUACAGAAGCUUUUGCAAUCGACAGGUGAACGAUCUGGUCGUGACACAGCUAAGGCUCCUCUCGGGAACGCUAACUCUAUUCGCACAGACGAUCUUACAGGAUUUUGGGAUACGAUCGCCGAAGAGCGGCAACAAAGGCUUCAGUUAGAUCAUUCUCUUAGACAAAUGGAACUGGAUGUUCUAGAAGUAAAAACACAAGUUCAAAGCUGUAAAGCUCGCUUCCAAAAUUACCAACCCUCAGCCUCCCCACAUUGGAACUGCUGUCCUCCAAAAUUCUGCUGCUCACCGACGCAUGAAAUGGUUAAGCAUUGUUCUUGCGUGGACGAAAUUCCUGUUCCUCAUUCUAAACUCCGGUCCUCGACUUCCCUGUUUACACUUGUUUAAUCUACACACAUUCUUUACUGUUUCAUCCUCUCCACCUGACCAUGUGCCAAAUCUUUAUCUAUUAAAAAUUGUGUGCUGUUAUUAAUAUUUUGAUUAGAUUAUAGCUGGUUAUAUGUGGCUGCGUCCUCUUACCCCAAGUACCAACUAUAGCAGAUAAACUGAUUAUUGGUGGUGCAACUUGGAUGCUGUCGUAAUAUAUGCGGUAAAAAUGGC